AAGCAAAAAAAGGGGUCCAUAUGGUUGGCAUGAUUCACAUUAAGGUUAAUUAUGAAGUUUUAACCCAAUUAAUAGCAUCAUGUGGGGGCAAAAAAUGCUUCUCUAUAAUAGUAUCGAGUUGGCCUUUUUUAUGGGAAUACACUAAAACAAAUUUCUCAGUCGUGCUAGUGUUUUUGGGUUGCUUUGGAAAGAAAGAAAGCAUUUUUUAAAAGCAAAAACAACCCAAUACCAGGAUUUGCAUUCCGAAAACAAAAAUGGUUGCUGUUUUCAACAAAGAGCUCUUGAGCUGGUACCUCAUUACUCUCAAACUCAGAGAAACAGUAGAAUCAGGAAUCGCAACAACACCAGCUUCUACGGCAAAAUCUAUUGAAUUCCCAGAUGAUCAACCGCCUCAAAACCAUCUCCAGAAACAACAGCAACAACAAUCCGAAUCCCUUCAAAUCGUCAUAAAAAACAAUGAGAAUUUCGAAGAGGAGCAAUCCAAGUCGCCGGAGUCCGAUUGGGUGAUCUCCAUCAAAGAAAAACUCGACCAAGCUUCUCAAGACGACGCUGCGAGAUCAUGGGCCAAGCUCUCCAUUUACAGAAUCCCUCAUUACCUUCGUGAAGGAGAUGACAAAGCCUAUGUCCCCCAGAUUGUCUCUCUGGGUCCGUACCACCAUGGCAAGCGACGACUCAGACAAAUGGACCGCCACAAAUGGCGUUCCCUUCAUCGUAUCCUUAAACGAACUAACACAGAUAUCGAACUCUACCUCGAAUCUGUAAAAGAGCUUGAAGAAAAAGCUAGAGCUUGCUAUGAAGGACCAAUCCCUCUUAGCAGCAAUGAGUUCGUGGAAAUGAUGGUUCUUGAUGGUUGUUUUGUAUUGGAGCUUUUUCGUGGUGCUUGUGAGGGAUUCAAGUGACUGGGUUAUCCAAGAAACGACCCAAUUUUCGCAAUGCGUGGGUCUAUGCAUUCGAUUCAGAGAGAUAUGAUAAUGCUUGAGAAUCAGGUUCCUCUCUUCAUACUUGAUCGGCUACUGGGUCUUCAGAUUGGAGAUCCAGACCAGAAGGGACUUGUGGCCAAAUUGACACUCCAAUUCUUCGAUCCAUUAAUGCCAACCGAUGAGCCAUUGACGAAAAGUGACAGGAACAAGUUGGAAUCGUCCCUUGGAUACGCGACCACUUUCGAUCCGUUGUGGGAUCAAGGUUGUCUUCAUUGCCUCGAUUGUUUCAGAAGAAGUUUGUUGAGGUCUGAACUUCAGCCCAAACCAAUUCCAAGAGCUUGGAUGAAGCGGUGGUCGAAUGCCAAUCGGGUUGCGGAUAAGAGGAGGCAGCAGUUGAUACAUUGUGUCACCGAGCUCAGAGAGGCCGGGAUCAAAUUCAAGAAGAGGAAGACUGAUAGGUUCUGGGAUAUCAAAUUCAAGAAUGGGAUAUUGAGAAUUCCCAGGCUUUUGAUCCAUGAUGGGACAAAGUCUUUGUUUCUCAAUCUCAUUGCGUUUGAGCAAUGCCAUCUUGACUGUAGCAAUGAUAUUACUUCGUAUGUUAUAUUCAUGGACAACUUGAUCAACUCUCCUGAGGAUGUUGGGUACCUCCAUUAUUGUGGUAUAAUUGAGCACUGGCUUGGAAGUGAUGAUGAGGUUGCUGACCUCUUCAAUCGCCUUUGUCAAGAGGUGGUUUUCGAUAUCAACGACAGCUAUCUUUCGCCGUUGUCGGAGAAGGUAAACCGGUACUACAACUACCGGUGGAAUACUUGGCGGGCUAGCUUAAAACAUAACUAUUUCGGGAAUCCCUGGGCAAUCAUCUCUUUAGUUGCUGCUAUCGUGCUGUUAUUGCUCACUUUUGCACAGACUUUCUAUGGUGUUUAUGGUUAUUACAAGCCACAUUGACCAAGUAAGAACUUUGGACCCCCUCCAUUGUGAGUUUUGAGUUAUAGAGAAAUACUUGGAUGA